UGCCGGCGCGGCGAUGCUGCAGCCCUCCCCCGGCGCCGACGGGGUCCUGCCGGGGUAGCGGCCCCGCCGUGCCGCGCCGAGCCCCGCCGUCUGCGGGGGCGGCGGCCGCGGAGGGAUGGAGCCGGCCGGCCCCUGCCGGGCGCACUUGGGCUCCGCCAACGACUCUUACCGAAACUGUAGCGCCGAGGAAGUGAUUUACCAAGAUGCCACCCCUCUCUCCGGGAAGAUCGUGCUCGCCGUCGUCCUGGCGCUGGUCACCCUGGCCACGGUGCUUUCCAACGCCUUUGUCAUCGCCACGGUCUACCAGACGAGGAAACUCCACACGCCGGCCAACUAUCUGAUCGCCUCGUUGGCCGUCACCGACCUCCUCGUCUCCAUCCUUGUCAUGCCCAUCAGCACCAUGUACACUGUGACCGGCAGGUGGACGCUGGGUCAGAUCGUCUGCGAUAUCUGGCUGUCCUCGGACAUCACCUGUUGCACGGCUUCCAUCCUGCACCUCUGUGUCAUCGCCCUGGACCGCUACUGGGCGAUCACCGACGCCGUCGAGUACUCCACGAAACGGACUCCCAAGCGGGCAGCGGGCAUGAUCGCACUGGUAUGGAUCUUCUCCAUCUGCAUCUCCAUCCCCCCUUUGUUUUGGCGGCAGGCGAAGGCCGAGGAAGUAUCUAACUGUGUGGUGAACACGGACCACGUCCUGUACACCGUGUACUCCACAGUAGGAGCCUUCUACUUCCCCACUCUGCUGCUCAUAGCCCUCUACGGGAGGAUCUACGUGGAAGCCAGGUCGCGGAUUUUGAAGCAGACGCCAAAGAAAGCAGGUAAAAGACUAACGCGGGCGCAGUUAAUUACAGACUCCCCGGGGUCGACCUCUUCCGUCACGUCCAUAAACUCCAAGGCUCCCGAGGGAUCCAGCGAAACGGGCUCCCCCGUGUACAUGAACCAGGUGAAGGUGAAGGUCUCGGACGCCCUGCUGGAGAAAAAGAAGCUGACUGCCGCUAGAGAGCGGAAAGCUACAAAGACUUUAGGAAUUAUUUUAGGAGCCUUCAUCGUGUGUUGGCUGCCCUUUUUCAUCAUCAGCUUGGUGAUGCCUAUUUGCAAGGACGCUUGCUGGUUCCACAUGGCCAUCUUUGACUUUUUCACGUGGCUUGGAUAUCUCAACUCCCUCAUCAACCCCGUCAUCUAUACUAUGUCUAACGAAGACUUCAAACAAGCUUUCCACAAACUCAUACGUUUCCGAUGCACAGGCUGAAAUGUUGAAUGCGAUGUGCUCCCCGGGGCAGCCCCCAUGCACGCCCGCGCCCGGCGCCACAGAAACUAUUGUGUAUAGGCAAAAGAAGUCUCCUCCAGAGACAGGAAUACCAGCCUCUGCUGAAGAUUUGCAGACCCUCUUCCACUCUUCACCACUUUUACUAAACCUGUCACAAGCUGAACACACUCACCAAGACAGUCCCUGUUGUUUUGCUCUUGGCCCUUGUAACCAGCAAGAGCUGAAUAAAGUACCAGAGAUAAGCCUGCUGGGUCCUUUCAAUGUGUAAGAAUCUCUUUUUCUUGGAUUCUAUGUAGGGCAGUCAGCCUGAGAGGAUGCUCACAAACUGAAGGGAACAGCAUGCCCACACUGAUAAUUUCCAACACUUGGUGUCUUCUGUGUCACAGAACUGCUGAUGGUGUAUCAGCCAAGAUUCAACAGUAAAAAAAUUUCAGGAAUGGCCAAGGAACCAACAACUGAGCAGCAGGCGCUGAAUAUCUUUUGGAAAGCACAUCCUUUUUAGUUCACAGGUGGCGUGAGGAGGAACAAUUGACUUGAAAAUUACAGCAGUUCUGCAAUUUCUUCAAAUUGACAUAAAUCAAGGAAUAACUACUUAGAAUAACCAACUCCUUACUCCAGGACAUGAUCAGAACUAGAAAAUUAUAUUGAAGCUGGGAAGAUGAAGAGAUGUUUGGAUAUGCUGAGAUCACAGUUUUCAGCUGUAAGCACAGGAGUGCACAUUUUAACAAUGGAGCAGAUGCUUCCAAUUAUCUGCAAUAAGGGACACUUGAAAAUCUAGCUGAUAUUAGGUGGCUGUCAGAAGGCUCUUGGAUAAGAAGAAAAGGAUGCAAAGUACAGCAAAAUAAUUUUAAUUUCAAAACACAUUAAUUUUAAGCCUGCUCUACUAGUUGAAAAACUUGUGUGUAUUCUGAUGACUGAAAGCAAAACAAUCAAACUGGAAAUCUUAAUGUAAAAUGCUUUUCCUAUUUUAAACCAUGACAAACUUUACUCAUGAAAUAUUUCCUUUGAUGUUCUACAAUGUUAUUCAAAUUUUAAUAGAUUUACAUGUUUAACUGUGCCUACUGCUUGCUCAUGUAGUGCUUACAUAUGACCUGAAAAUAAGAUUCCCAUAGAAAUAGACAGCUUGUAAAAUACAGAACUGUACAACAGAGAAGAGAAGAAGCUGUACAAAAUAGAAGAAACAUAAAUGUAGCCCUUUUAUUCUCUCUUUUGCAAUUACUGCAUGCCACAUCCUGGGGCAUGGUUUUGAUUUGCUAUGUGUUUAGCAGGGUGAUGUUCAGGAAGGCUGAAUUGCCUGCCCAAACCGUGCAUGUGCUGACAGGCAAAUUGAUCUCUUGUCAUUUGUUCCUUGGUCUGUAGUAACUCAGGCUGCCUGCACUCUCUGCUGAAGGCCUGUUUUUUUCUCCUGGACCUCAUGAAGAAGACAAGAACCACAGACAAUGCCUCUCCAGUGUGCCAAGCCUGUGUUCCAGACAUGCCUUCACACCUCCCCACCUCUCUGAUAGUUGGGCUAUCACAACCUUCUCCAUAUGGCACACAGAUGAGUGAGGGGUUACCAGAAGACACAAUUGUAAUUGCAAAUAUGCAGGCUUUGGAUAAGGGUGCUCUGAAAAGCCAACACCAAGCUCAGGAUCGCUCCACAUUCACCCGUGCAGCCAAGCACUGACCACAUCGACAGCACGUGCCAAGUGAUCCAACAAUGAAACCACAGCUGAUGCCUUGUCUAACCGUGCCCAAGCUGUUGCUGUGUUUCAAGAUGCUCCAGGGAUAUUUGGCUGCUAUUGACUGGACUGUUCUUUGUACAUUCUACACUGGACAAGGCCAAAAAAGUAUUAAGAAAAUUAAUACUUGCAUCAAGAAAAUCACUUGUUGCUGUUGGCUACCAUGUAAGAGUUUCACAGUAGAUCCUGAGAGCUCAUGAGAUCAGAUAUUCCAGGGACAGAAAAAUGAACCUGACUACAAAAAACUGACUAAGACUCCUAGAGAACAGCAGGCAUCUGGCUCUAAGAGACAUGCAGAAGAGAAAGAAUAUCUGGUGGCACUCUCUUGUAUUGAACUCCUGGGGAAGAAAGCAGCACUCAGGCUCUUGGACAGUCUCCACCCAUUGAGUCAAGAGGCUGGUGGAAGCCAAUCUGCUGCAUCCAAAGCAGAACCUGGAGCUGCAUCCAAUCAGCUCCACAGACAGAUUCAAUCCUUAUGCCUACUUUUGACGCCUGUUCAGAUUUUUAGUGGUGACCCAAACUCCCAUAUGAAAUUCUUCUCCAUCUGAGAAUGAUAGAAUAUUUUCUGUCAACAACAGUGACAAGUAUCUUCUGAAGAUCAAUAUCAAAAACUGGCCCCAAGUCCCUGAAACUGUUGAACCAUCCAGUAAUCUGAAAAAUCUCUGAUGUUAAUUUAUAAUGAAUGCUAGAAGGCCAGAUAAGUGUCAAUGAUUGAAGAAGUAUUAAUAUUGUACAAGAUAGAUUAAAGAGAUGACAACAGUAUUUACAAGUUAGCAGUUUGCAAAUGGUAUAGGAAUUAUAAUGGAAAAGAAGCAGGAUUAAGAAAUUGAUAGAAAAAUGAAGUACACCACUGACUGUUAGAUGUCUCACAUAUGUUCAUGUAUGAAAAAGACACAUUGAUAACCAGGCCAUUCUUGUAAAUGAAAAGAGAGUUAUACCAGAUUAAUCCUAGAUUCACAGCGUGUUCACUGUGAGAAGAAGCUGACUAAACAUUUCUUUUUAUUUACUGGCAUAAUCUGGUAUGAUUUAGGAGUCAUUCCUGUGACAUCAAGAGACUGAGGAGAUUCAACAGGGUAAAACCACACCAAGACUGAUAUCAAAUAUAGACUGAGCAAAUCAGACUUGCAGAUUGACACUUGGAGCAUUCCUGUGUCACAUGAUGAUCCUUAGCACUGAGGGAAAGGGAGAUUACUGGCCUGACAAACAAGUGACUCGGGGUGACUGAAGGAUUUGCUGUGCCUUCAACAGCUUUUGGAGAGGAAACCAUCUGUAAAGCUGAGUCUGCGACACUUGAGAAAGGAAUCACCUUCCAUUCUGGAAUACUGGAAUAUCACCAGUCCUUGUACCAAAUGAAAUGCAUGUUAUACGUGUUUCCAAAUAAUGAGCUUGCUUGCAUGUUAGGAAUAACACUAUUUUAAAUAAUGUACACAAAAAACUGUUACUAAUAACUUUCUCUUAAAAGUGAGUUUGAGAAUUGCUUGCAUUCAUAAAGAAAUAAGAUUGCAUUCUGCC